UUUAUAAACAGUCGGUAUGGUCGGUACGGUCAGCUCACUAUCAGGGAGCAACAGGCCGGCGCGGAGGCAGGGCGGGUCUGCUGACAAACACCAGCAGCUUCUAGACGCUCUAUUUUAUUCCUCCGCCGUGCGGCUCGGAGCAGCACUGAGCACAAACAGGGCGGACUGUCCGCAUGUUUUCCUAGAGGGGACCGCAGAGAGAUAACGGUACCGUGCCGUGAUACCGUGUUGUUGGGGGAAUAUUAGAGUCGGGGGUCGGUGGAGAAGCUGGCUGAAGGAGGUGGAGGUGGCCGUGCGGCUGUCAGGAACAGGCGGUAUUCAGAGGCGAAGCUAUCAGAACUAAUUCAUUGUCACUCUAGACCGGUGGACUCACGGCUAAACUGCUAAUUCGAACGUGUGGCAUUUUGAGGAGUGACAGGAGGCGACAUGGUGGACUACUACAACGUCCUGGGAGUGCCCAAAACAGCCUCACAGGAUGACAUCAAGAAGGCGUACAGAAAACUGGCUUUGAAAUGGCAUCCUGACAAAAAUCCAGACAACAAGGAGGAGGCAGAGCGAAAGUUCAAAGAAGUUGCUGAGGCUUAUGAAGUCUUGUCUGACAAGAGCAAACGUGAUGAAUAUGACAGAUAUGGGAGUGACCGAACGCGACACACAGGUUCCUCCACCUCAGACUUUUCAUCAGAUUUCCCAGGAUUCACCUUCACAUUCCGCAGUCCAGAUGAGGUGUUCAGAGAGUUUUUUGGUGGACAGGAUCCCUUUGCUGGCUUCUUUGAUGAUUUCUCGUCUUUUGGAAGCUCUUCGUCACAUCACCAUGGCACUAGUCGAUUCUUCUCUUUUCCUUCAACAGGAGUUGACUUUACUUCUUUCUCCUCUUCCUUCGGUGGUCUGGAUGGGAUGGAGAGCAUGGGUGGAGGGAUGAGCAAUUUCAAAUCAGUCUCUACUUCCACUCGCAUCGUAAAUGGCAAACGCACCACCACCAAAAAGAUAAAAGAGAACGGGCAAGAAAGAGUAGAGAUUGAAGAGGAUGGGGUGUUAAAGAGUGUUGUAAUUAAUGGUGUGGAAGAUGAAAUGGCCCUGGCUCUGGAGCUGAGCCGACGAGAGGGGCAGCCCCGUCAGUCUCCUCACAAGCCAAGAAUCCAGAACAGAUCACCUGCUGAGUGCGACAGGUCCCGGCCAAGCCCUCACUCUGCAGCCACACACCGGUCGUUCAGCUCUGCUCCUUUCUACAACUGCAAUGUUUCAGGAGGCAGCGAGGAAGAUGAGGACGAUGAAGACCUGCAGAUGGCUUUGGCAUGCAGCCUGUCAGAAAUGGAAGCCCAGCAGAGAGCUGCAGCUACUGACUUCAUAUCAGGUGCUGGGGGUGUGGGCAAAGCCACAAGUGUCAAAACUAGGGUCUGUAAAGGAGGCAGAGUUGUAACAGAAGCAUUUUUGACUGUGAAUAGUAGUGAAAAGGUUUCUACAGGGCAGAACGAUGCACAGGGUCAGCUUAAAGUGGGCUCCAGGCCUGCAGAUAAACGGGAACAGGAGGGACAGGGCACCAGAGAGUCAGACUUCUCUCCUGAGUCAUCCACAACUGCCAGCACUACACCACUAAGCCAGUGCAGUGACGACAGGUUUAAACUUGGGAUAAAAAUAAUGAUGGCUGUACGAAAAAGAAAAAGAAGUGUGGGUGUGUUGUGUGCUAAUGCGGUGUCUGUGUGUGUAUUUGGGAUGCCUUAUUAUGCGUAUACUUACCUCAGUGUUUUGACUACAGCCGGACUCUAAUGUAAUGUAAUUGCUCAGAUCUUUUUAUGAGGCAGCACCUAAACUGAUGACAAGGCUUUCAUGAAGUCCUAACACCCCUAAAAGGAACAAAAUCGUUCACAAGAUUUUUGAUUUUUUUUUUUUUUUUUUUGCUGAUUUUCAUUUUGAUGGCUAACAUACAUGUUUACAUAUAAUGUGCCAAUGCAAUGAAAAGUUUGAAUUCUUUUGUUUCAUGCAUGCAAAGCAAUGCAAACGAUUGCUUCUAAAUGUGUGUAAAUUUGCCAAAUGUUUACAGACAUGAACAGGAUUAAGCAGGUAUUUAGACCCAGUGUAGAAGUAAGAAAGUUGAAUUUUAUUAAUAUAAACAAUAUAAAACAAAGUUGCAAUAUACAGAUACAGAAAAGUGAAAAUACAUAGAAAGCAAUAUAAUGUUUUUAUUACUAUUAAUUGAAGCCCUCUUAAAGAGAAAACGAGUCAGUGGAAAUGGAUUUUGAAGAAUUUUUAAAGCCAUUUACAAACUCAGCUGAUAUAAAAGAGGAGGGAAGACUGUCUCACACAGGCAGGGCCCUAACAGCAAAAGCACAAUCACCUUUGGAUUUGGGGUGGAGGGUAUAAAUAAGGGACUUUGGUUGGAUAAUAUGAGCAGCCUGGUAGGCCAGUAGGGGUGCAAGAAAUGCAUUGAGGGGUAAAGCUAUGGAGAUAAGUAGCCUUCUGUCUGAUAAACGCUAACCUAAAAUCACUUCUAUGCUUUGAAGACUGGUGUGAUGUGGGAUCUACCGUUGUAAUUGGUUAUCUGUCUUGCUGCUUGAUAUAGGAAAAAAGAGCAUAACAGUAGCUCAGGGCAAGAAAAUUAGGGUAUCUCUGGUUAAAAGCACCGAUUAGCUUUUUUUGUAAUGUUGGUGAACUGAAAAAGAGCAGGUAUGCAGAAGCUCGUUUAUGUGUGUGUUAGAGUUCAGCCCUGGUUAGUAAAUGUUAGGGGUGGGGUCAUGUGUGAAGACGAAUAUGACUUUUAAACUUUGGAACAAUAUUGUUGGAAAUUGAAGAAAUUUUGGCUGGUCCGCUUUUAGCUGGAAAGGACUGUUGAGUUACAACGUGACGUUAGGAUCAACGUUAGAAUUAGGUGAGGUUAAGGAUUGAGGUUAGGCAUUUAGUUGUGAAGAUUAAGAUUAGGAUAAGAAACUAAGGAAAGCAUUAUACCAGUGAGGGUACUCAAACACAGAAAGACAAACCUGUGUGUGUGUGUGAUUGUGUUUGUACGCAUGGAUUCCUGUGUGUGUUUGGGUCAGUUGAGACUGCCAUAGAAUUUUCUCAUUCAGACUCUCUGGCAAAGGGAAUGUAUCAGUACUGUGUGACAUUCAUCCCAGUGUGAAACAAUAGAUCAAAAUCAAAAGUAGGUCACAGAAGUUUCUGUGGUGAUGUCUGUUUGCUGUUGAAGUGCUAAUAAUUUCUAGAUUAUGUAUAAUAACAAGCAGUUGGGUGAAACGCACACUCACACAUUUUGCUGAUGAAGUACUUCAUAGAUACACAAAGGCUGCUCGGAAUAGUCGACACAGGCAGCAAAGCUGCAGUAGUGAGGAGGUUAUCGUUCAUUUGAAGUACACAAUGUCUGGCCUUAAUGCACUUUUACAAAAACACCAUCACCCUUUAUGAUCAGAUUGUAGUUUGUAGCGUGGGGUUUUUGUGGUUAGAAGGCAAAGCACAGCAUAGAAUGUAGUGGUGGCAACAAUUACAUGUAAUCAUUUAAAUCUUUUGGUGCCUUUUCACAUUUUAACUACUGAUGUGUUUACUAUAUUUACAUUGCCGCUGCAAAUGUGCCAAAUUUAUUAAGCAAAUGCAUUUCAGAAUGCAAUUUAGGAGGUUUUGGAUUCUCUGUUACCUUCCUCAAAUAAAGGGAAAAUGGCAAAGCUUAACAUUAAUGAGUGGGAGGGAUGUCAGGUGCCUUUGGGGAACAAUUGAGUGGGUGUGAUAACAUUUUAUUGUGACGGUGGUGUGACAGCAAAAAAGAGCUUCAUGAACAAAACAAUUUCAGUUUUUUUUCUCUUGGAUUGGUAGAGGAGCGACAGUAGCAAAAUGUUUCUAUCAACAUUUGUUUAAAGUGCUGCUGGUACAAAUACUAAACCCCCACCUGCUGCAGUUCAGUUUCCUUGUGUGCAAGAUGAUCACGAAUAUACUUUAGGGACAGCUCCAUAACCUUCGCUCCGCCCACACUGAUUGCUUCUACAUUUUUGCCUGAAAUGCAUUACGGAAAUGCUUUACGAGAUAAAGAUGAAUGAUAGAAAAGUAGAUGGGAAUAAAUUGAAUAUUUUUUGUUUUCAGAUUUCCAGUCUCUAGAAUAUCAUUGUCAGAAAUGGACAUAUCUGCACCUUUGCACUCAAGCUGGAUAUUCUUUACAAAGCGGUUAGAUUUUUAUUUUUUUUUACGUAGAUACAGGCAUCUGUCUGCACAGUUCUAGAAAUGCAAAGAAUAAGCAAAGCGCUGAGCUCUGUAGCCACUGAAAGUUCUUUGGUGUAGAUAUUUGUGUGAGAGAGAAAUAAAGUUGGUGAAUCGCAAGUUAGUUACCAUGGUGCUCCUGGAUAAACCCAAACUUGCCUUCUUGCAGACCUUUAAUAAAGGAAAAGUAGUUGUAGUGUUAAUAAAUGAACACUAAUAACUGUUUUAAAUGUGAUUGUUGAUAUAUUUGUGAACAUGAAGCGUAAAGUAACAAAAUUAAAUUUUGUUGGUGCCAAAAAAAUGACUACUAGAAGUAAUAUGUAGUAACAUGUUCAAAAACAUGCGUGUCUUAUUAAGUACAGACAUUGUCCCUUAGCCCUGUCUUGUUUUUUUAUGCUGCUCAUACACCGCAAUACAUUUGUUAUUGAGUUGUUACAGACAGGAUAUUGCCGUGUAAUUUUCAUGAGUGCUUGAUUUAAUUUACUUUGCAUGAGUUUUGCUUUUAUUUUAUAGUGUAACUAUUGUCAAUAGCAACCAGUAAGCACAGCUGUUACAGCGUAAAUUCAAACAAAUUCAACAGACAUGAAUUGUUUUGACCUAUCUGAACUGUUAAUGUUGUGGAGAGGGAAUGAGAGUGAAAGAGGCAGAUGGAUUCUUUUAAAAAAUAUAUAUCGCCUUGUGUUAUAUGUACUACGUUGCACUGCCAUGUGUUAAUGUUCUUUUUUUUUUUUCUCCCGAUUGUUUAAAAGCAAAUAACAAAUAAAGAUUGAGCCAAAAGAUGA